AUGGUUCAAAAUGGUGUUGAAUUAUCCAAUACUGGACGAUCGACAAUUGAAAAUAAAGAUAUUUUCUCUUUUUUUACAUUGAGAAAUAUCGAUUCCAAUGAUGUGGGAAAUUAUUCCUGUGUUGUUACCAAUAAAUUCGGAUUCGAUAAACUUUGGAUUCAACUAACGGUUACAGACAUUGUUUCUGAGAUAAUAAUUUUAUUAACGGUGAUUUUUUCAACUUUUUACUUUCAUUCAAUUGAUGCUGCCAAACCAAUUUUGAAUAAAUUUCCUGCAUCUGAAAUUAAUCUUUCCAUUAAUUCAUCAUACAUAUUACCAUGUUCCAUUUCAUCAGGAUCGACAUCAAUAUUUUUUGAAUGGUACAAAGAUGAUCAUAAGAAAUUAUCUUCGACUGAAUAUAAAAUUGUUAUUUAUGAUACAAUGUCAUCGAUUGUAUUCAAACGUCUUAAUUCAAAUGAUGAUACCGGAACCUAUACAUGUAAUGCCAGGAAUGUUCAUGGUACUGAUUCGAUUACAACAAAACUUGUCAUACAAGAUGCACCUCGAAUUUCUAAAUUGUUUUCAACAGAAUUGAAUCAAUCUGAAGGAUCAGUAUUGAAUAUUCCAUUUUCGGUUAUCAGUGGUUGAACACCACUAUCGUUCAAAUGGUUUAAAAAUGAACAAGAAUUACUUAGACAUAGAAAUCCGGAAUUAUCAUAUCAGAUUAAAACAGAUAAUUUUC